UCGGUACUUUGCAGGGGACUUCUCUCCAUCUCCGUCCACCGCCUGUCUCUGUCCGUCCUUCCCCUGCACUCUCUCCAGUUUACACACCGACCAUGGGCUCUGUGGGUCUCGGCUCAACGGUUCUCUUUCUCGCCUCCUUGGUGGCUCUGGUCGGCGUCUCUUCCGCGGGCUCCGACGCACCCCGGGGAGUCGCGGUCGGGUUCGUCUUCGACCCCAAAGCGAAGUGCGAGCCGCCGUGCGCACACGCAGGAAUCUGCAUCCGCAACAAUACAUGCUUCUGCUCCAGGGGCUAUGAAGGAGAGACCUGCCAGUAUGCCAACUGUUAUCCCAAAUGUAAGAAUGGAGGGGAGUGUCUUCGCCCUGGAAAAUGCAGAUGUCUUCCUGGAUUUGGAGGAAGAUACUGUCACAAAGUGACGUGUGAUGCAGGAUGUUGGAACGGAGGGGAAUGCACCGCCGUCAACGGAGUGGCCAAGUGCAUCUGCCCCUCGAGCUGGACCGGCUCAAGAUGCCAAGAGGCAAUUUGUCCUCAAGGCUGUAGGAACGGGGGAAUCUGUGUGGCUCCAGGAAUCUGCAGCUGUCCGGAGGGAUGGCUGGGUGGUGCCUGCCACACUGCUGUGUGCACACAGCCCUGCCUGAACGGAGGGAAGUGUAUUUCUCCUGACAAAUGCCGCUGUCGUCUCCCUUAUUCUGGCCCACGCUGUGAGGAGAGGAAGAAGUCUCACUAGUGUGACCCAGCCGGGGUCACAGGUCAGUGAGGCCCAAUCAGGGACCGAGGACAGUUAUAUUUUGAACAUUGGUAGUUUUUACAUUUUUUUUUACCACAUGAUUUGUCUUUUUUAAGAAACAUUGAACCUGUGUAAUGUUCUCAUUUGACUGUACAAACAUGCUAUGUACUAUACUGUAAUUUGUGUGAUUAAAUGAAUAAA